AUGUCUAACUUAUAUGAAAAUAAUAGAAAAUUCAUUACAACCAAAUAAAGAUGGGUAUUAAUAAUAUAUUAAAUUCAGGAAACAUUAACACAAAAUAUAACUAAGAAAAUUAUAAAUAAAGAAAACAGUUCAUUAAGCAAAAAAAAUGCAAUUGUAAAAUCAAUAUAAAAGAAUAAAUCAACUAUAUCAUAUGAUAAAAAAAUAGAAUUACCAUCAAGAACAAUUACUAAGUUUUUCAAAAUAUAAAGAUCAUAAUUAUACUCAAAUCUAAAACUACAAGAUUCAAAAGGAUGUAUUAGAGAAUUCAGAUGUUAUGAUGAUAAAGCAUUAAACAUCCCUAAUUCUUUUAGUUAAACUAUUACACAUGUAAAUACUAUUUCAAUAUUUAGUAACUAGAUAAUGAUUGUUAAUCAGAUGAUGAACAAGUUCAAUUAGCAGUUGAGUAAUUAAAAAACUUACUUGAGUCUUAAAUAAAUUAGUAUCAUAAGUCCUUUUGA